UUCCCGACACAUGGGGCCGUCUACCCGUCGGUUUGAUGUGGGGUCACGCACUGAGCUUCGGCGCCUAUGAAGAAUGUUUAGCUGCUUCUUGGGAAUUCAGUACGGAUGAUGUAUUACGCGGUCAAUAUUGUUUGGCACGCGUGCCAAUCAAAAAAUAUAUGGACGAGAUUAAACCACGUCAAGUACGUAGUCCAGCUAGGAUCAGCUACAAAUAUUCAAAGCCAGAGACAUUUGAAUUAGGUGUUUGUAUACCAAGUUCAUGUUCAGCUGAAUUGGGUAAUAAAAUCUUGACUGGCGUAAUGAAUAAGUACUAUGAUGCUGGCAUCACUUCAACGAUGAUGCAAGAAAAAUAUUGCAAAUAUGAAGAGCCCGUUAAAUUUCGAGCGAUCGAUAUCUUCGCCAUUGUUUUCUUCAGUUUCAUUGUAUUCUGUAUGAUAGCUAGCAGUGUUUACGAUUACAUAAAAACGAAAAAUAAUGAACCCAAGAAGCCACUUUUUGUCGCUUUCUCCGUACUCACUAAUGCGCCAAAGAUAUUCACUGUCAAACAAUCAAAUAAUCCCAAUGUUAUACAAUGUCUCAACGGCUUGCGUUGUUUCUCAAUGAUGUGGGUCGUUUUUGGUCACGGUUAUAUGACAUUCUAUGAGUUGCCUCACAUUAACAGAGAUAAAUUCUAUACCUGGGUUGAAACUCCCUACUCUAUGUUGGUGCAAAAUGCCACACUUUGUGUGGACACUUUCUUCUUCAU